CUUAGGCAAUCGCAGAUCUCGGUGCACUUCAUUCGGAUCCUCCAGUGAAAGCAGGUUCAGAUAUGUCGGGAGUGGCAUCCACUUUGGCUAAGAAGCGAGCCCGGGCUGCGGGUUUCGGCACCAAUGCGAACGCCAACAAAUAUCUGAACCAGGAUUACGAGGCGCUCCGGAGUCAGUGCAAAAGUCAGGGGCAGCUCUUCAGUGAUCCUUAUUUUCCAGCUGCGCCAGAGUCCCUGGGCUUUCAGGAGCUCGGACCAAAUUCCGCCAAGACCAGGGGAGUACAAUGGAAAAGACCCGGGGACUUGUGCUCCAGACCUCAGUUCAUCACCGGAGGAGCUACACGGACCGAUAUCUGCCAAGGAGCUCUGGGGGACUGCUGGCUCUUAGCAGCCAUUGCCUCUCUCACGUUGAAUGAAGAUGUGAUGGCCAGGGUGAUCCCCAGUGGCCAGGAUUUUGACGCAGGCUACGCUGGAAUCUUCCACUUUCAGUUCUGGCAGUUUGGUGAGUGGGUGGAUGUCGUCAUCGACGAUCGGCUACCUGUGAAGGACGGGAAGCUGCUGUUUGUCCACUCGGAAGAAGGCAGCGAGUUUUGGAGCGCCCUCCUGGAAAAGGCCUACGCUAAGGUGAAUGGCUCGUAUGAGGCUCUAUCUGGAGGAUCCACCACCGAGGGCUUUGAGGAUUUCACCGGUGGAUUAGCCGAGCAGUACGAGCUGAGGAACGCGCCGGCGAACAUGUUCCAGAUAAUUCAGAAAGCUCUGGCAUCUGGAUCUCUGCUUGGCUGCUCCAUAGAUAUCACGAGUGCUGCCGAUUCAGAGGCCAUCACUCGGCAGAAACUGGUGAAGGGACACGCCUACUCACUGACAGGAGCUGUCGAGGUUAAUUACCGUGGUGGUUUGGAGAAGCUGGUGCGCAUGAGGAACCCAUGGGGUCAGGUGGAGUGGACUGGAGCCUGGAGUGAUGGUUCGUCCGAGUGGAACUCCGUGGAUCCUUCGCAGCGUCCGAAUGCCAACGCUGAAGACGGAGAGUUCUGGAUGUCGUUUUCUGAAUUCCAGCGUCAUUACUCGCGUAUCGAGAUCUGCACCCUGACCCCCGACGCCAUCACCAGUGACCAGGUCAAGCCAUGGAGUGUGAGCAACUACAGCGGAACCUGGAGGAGGGGCUCCACCGCCGGAGGAUGCAGGAAUCAUCCUAACUCUUUCUGGAUGAACCCGCAGUUCGUUAUCAAGGUGAACGAAGAGGAUGACGACCCGAACGACAACGAGCAGGGCUGCAGCCUCGUGGUGGGUCUGAUCCAGAAGAACCGGCGCAAGUUAAGAAAGGAGGGAGAGGACAUGCACACCAUCGGCUACGCCAUCUACGAGGUGCCUGCGCAGUUCAAAGGCCAGACGAACCUUCACCUGGAUAAGAACUUUUUCCUGACGCACGCACAGAAAGCUCGCUCUGAGACCUUCAUCAACCUGCGUGAGGUCAGCACACGCUUCAAGCUGCCUGCAGGCGAAUACCUCGUCGUGCCGUCCACCUUCGAGCCUAACAAAAACGGUGACUUCUGCCUGCGUGUCUUUUCUGAGAAGCAGACCGAAACACAGCGCUGUGAUGAUCCUGUCGAUGCUAAAUUAAUAGACGAAACCGUGUCGGAGAGUGAAUUAGAUUCAAACUUCAGGAGUCUGUUCACAAAACUGGCAGGAAGUGACAUGGAGAUCUCUGCCUCAGAGCUCAGAACAAUCCUGAACAAAGUUAUCGCCAAACGAACCGACAUUAAGACAGACGGCUUCUCCAUGGACACGUGUCGCACCUUGGUCAACCUCAUGGAUGACUCCGGCAACGGGAAGCUGGGUCUUGGCGAGUUCGCCACAUUGUGGAAGAAAGUGCAGAGAUACUUGGAAAUCUAUAAACAAAACGACAUGGAUGGCUCUGGGAAUAUAAGCACACCAGAGUUUCGUGGUGCACUGGGGAAAGCUGGAUUCACUCUGAAUGAUACCAUUUUCCAGCUUUUGGUGGCCCGCUACGCUGAUCCUGACCUCACUAUUGACUUUGAUGACUUUGUGGGCUGCAUUAUGCGUUUGGAGCUGAUGUUCCGACUUUUCCGGAAAAUGGAUCCACACAACACCGGUUUCUUAGAGAUGAACUUUGAAUCGUGGUUGUGUUUGACUAUGAUUUAAAAAGCUCCAGCCUGAGCAUCCAAGCUAAGAGUACAAUACUAAAAAUUCUCAGUUGCUUAAAAAUGAAAACAUUCCAUGAUACUUAAGGCAGCAGUAUGCAUAAGGACAUUAUGAACAUUUUUCUAGGUCAUUAAUUAUAGUUGGUGCAUUAAAAGUGUACUAUAAUACCACAUGGAUUAGCAUGCUGAUCGUCAGGAUUGCUAAUUCUGCAUAAAACAUACAAUUAUGCUAAUUAAAGUCUUUAUACUAUAGGAUAUGUAUUUGAAAGAAAGAAAGAAAGAAAGAAAGAAAGAAAAGAUUUCUAUUAUUGAGGUUUUGGUUUCUUUUUUUUUAACCAAAGAUAAGUUUGUAUUUUCUUGGAUUAGACAUCGGCUGAAAUAUAUCGCACAAUAUUCAAUCACAUAAAUGAUAAGAAAUCUGGCCUUGGUUUUAUUUGGUUAUAUAAUGAUGGAAAGGCAAAACAUUUUUGGGCUACCUAUUAAAAAAAAAAAAACACUAAACAUAUAAUAUCAAAUCUAUGAAAUGUUUAUGGAGGAGCUCAUUGUGAUGUAAUAUAUCUGACAUUUCUUUUGUUCUGCAUUUAAAAAAAAAAAAAAAAAAGUACCCCUGAUGUAUUAAGUAAAAGAGAGAAGGUCCAAGGAAAACAAAUAUUAUUUUGUGAUGUCAUUAUUAAAAGCACUAUUCGACUAAAACGGAAUUGAAUUGUGUCACAAAAUAGACAAGAGUUUAAGCCUCCCGCAGACUCGUAUGCUAAUAUAUGCAAAUUAGGGUAGUUUAGAGGGGAACUGGGAAUAUUUAGUUAGAAAUAAAGGCAUGUUUGUAGUGAAUGAAUCAGGGUUGUUACGAUAAUUUGAAUAAAUCACUUCAAAUAUUACAGUGCUGAUCAAACGCAGCUCGAUUUCCCCAAAAUGCUGCAGGGGUGGGGUUUUAGACUUUUUUCGAUUUGCAUAUUAAUGCAUAUUCAUAGUUCUAUCUUAUUUUUGAAGGGAAGGGUGUAGGCCUGCUAGUUUUAGAUCUGUUUUGGCAUUGAAAAACAUAUAAAAACAUUUUUUCAUCCAGGUUGGAUUACAUUUCUGAUUAGAAAGUGACACCUUCAGGGGUACUAUAAUCAAAAAUGCUACAUGAUUUUGUUGCGUGGUUUGUGUUUUGGCGGGUUUAUGGUGCAGUGCCU